GACACUAUGGAAUGUGGUAAUUCUUCAAAAUGGUCGCUUUGUAUGGUUUGCCAACUUGCAUGUCUGUGUUUUAGAGUUCUUUGUUUUCGUAAUUGGAUUUAUUCAAAAGCAUAAUAAAACGGUUAAUUGUUAUAUUUACCAGUGUAAGAUGUACAUGUGAACAUACUCUAGAAUUGUUAUUUGGUGGUAUAAAAAAGAAGUCAUCGGUAAUGUGAGAGCACUCUAAUAUAAUUUUUAUUUUAUGGUAUUAUGACGUCUAGGAUUCCUAUUUGGAUUCACAGGAACUAAACAAACUAAAGAUACUUCCGUGAUGCACUUUACCAUGUUAAACUAGUGUAACAUUGGCAAGGAAGUGUAAUUGUGUUGGAACUAUCUUGUAUUGCAGAUAUCUAAAAAAGACAAUUAAAGUUAGAAUGCGAACAGUGAAUGUUUAUGUGCGAGAGGUGUUCAUGUGAUGGGAGGGGUGGGGUGAGAGGUGAGGCGCUCGGGCGCGGGCGCCAUGAACCCGCCGGCGCCCGGCAAGCCGGCUACGCGCACCUCAGGGUACAACCAAAAAGCGCUUGCCGAGAUAAGAAACUCAUUACUCCCGUUUGCUAAUAUUGGGAGCUUAGAGCCACCUGGCUCAUCCGCAGCUAGCACUGUAAGCUCAGGAGUGAGCUCUGGAUUCAGUUCCUCCUCAGGCAAUGGGCUAGAUAAGGAUUUGAAUGUAUUGCCUCAGUCACUUAAUCAGCUCAUUGCUUUGGGUUAUGAUGAGGACCCAGCUGUUAAAGCAUUAAAAUAUGCUGGUGGACGGUUUGAUGCAGCCCUUGAUUAUUUAUCAAAAAAGCAGGAACCCCUUAAUGGUGUCUUAAAGUCGUCAAACUUAAGUGCUUUAAGUACUAAGCUUAUAAGGAAACCUAGUUUGGAGAGAGAAAUUAAUCUUCAUAGAGGCAGUCCUGCAUUAGAUUCAGGAGCGGGAAGUUCUCGGUCUGAUAGUCCAAGACAGUCAGAUGGACCGCCUUUGCCUCAUGAAAAGUUAAGCAGGCAGUAUUCGCCGUCAGGAUUCUCAGAACCUCCGCCUCCGCCGCCACCAAGAUGUCCGUCGACACCGCCAGUACCGCCGGCGGUACAUCAGUACAUGAAGCGAAUAUCACCUGCUCCACCUUUGCCUCCCGCCAGAGGCACAAGCCCUGUAGCCUCAGGGGCACCGACACCCUCUGCGCGGCAGCCAAUGAUAGUUCAAAAUGGUCCACAAGUCCAACAACAGUUGUCCCAACAAAUACAAGCUUUAAGUAUUUAUCAAACUACUACAGAACUGCCACCUCCGUACCCUUUAACGGGCGUUCCCCCGCCGCCUCCCUACUCAGUAUCUAUGCAAAACAGGCAGAGCCCUACACAAUCUCAAGAUUACCGAAAGAGUCCGUCGUCAGGAAUAUAUUCAGGAGGUACGUCAGCUGGCUCGCCGAGUCCGAUUACGGUCACGCAAUCGACCGGUUCAGCGUCGGGCAUGACUCGCCCUACGCCUAUCCAGGCGUGGACAGCGAGACAAGCCGUCCAACCCCCUAUUAUAAUGCAAUCCGUAAAGAGUACGCAAGUACAAAAACCAGUUCUUCAGACUGCCAUUGCCCCGGUAGCCCCACCCCCUGUGGCCAGCUCUGUCGUCCAACCCCCGCCGCCGUCAUAUGCUAGCUCUAUACAGCAAAAACAAUCGCAAACUCCUCCUAGUUAUCCGUUAGCUCCAAAGCCAUCUUCACCUGGCUCCACACCUCCAAUACCAACCGCUACUACUCCCACUAUACCAACGACUGAACCGCCGAGCUACGCUAUAACGAUGCAAGCCCUAGCCGUACAAAGAGGAAUGAACCCAGUUCCGCCACCUCCUUAUGGCAACCAAAUUGAUAAUACAGCAACUGUCAAUUCCCACCACUCACCAUUACACAAGAAAUUUUCGAACAAUGAGCAAAUGGAACUCAAGUGUCCCAAUCAAACAUGUAAUCUAUUAAAAGAUAGCGCUUGCGGCUCAGAUAAAAGCGCAAAUGGUUCGACCAACCGUCGAUCAAAGGAUCCGGAAAAGAUUCGUCAUCAUUCACCUAUUCCAGAAAGAAAGAAUAUCAGCAAAGAAAAGGAAGAUGAAAGAAGAGAUUGUAAAGUUAGAAAUUAUUCUCCUCAAGCAUUCAAAUUCUUUAUGGAGCAGCAUGUUGAAAACAUUCUCAAGUCAUAUAAACAAAGGACAUAUCGAAAAAUGCAAUUGGAAAAGGAAAUGACCAAAAUAGGUCUCAGUGCUGAAGCUCAGGAUCAAAUGAGGAAGAUGCUAUCUCAAAAAGAGUCUAAUUACAUUCGGUUGAAGCGUGCGAAGAUGGAUAAGUCCAUGUUUACUAAAAUAAAGCAUAUUGGUGUGGGGGCAUUUGGUGAAGUGACUUUGGUUAGAAAGAUUGAUACUAGUCAUCUGUAUGCCAUGAAGACCCUUCGGAAAGCUGAUGUCUUGAAAAGAAAUCAAGUAGCGCACGUGAAAGCUGAACGUGAUAUACUGGCUGAGGCAGAUAAUGAAUGGGUUGUGAAGCUUUAUUACAGUUUUCAAGAUAAGGAUAAUCUAUAUUUUGUGAUGGAUUACAUCCCAGGUGGGGAUCUAAUGUCACUUCUAAUAAAAUUGGGUAUAUUUGAAGCAAAUCUGGCGAGAUUUUAUAUUGCGGAACUGACUUGUGCAGUAGAGAGUGUACACAAGAUGGGAUUUAUUCAUCGAGAUAUAAAGCCAGACAAUAUUCUGAUUGACCGUGAUGGACAUAUCAAGCUAACAGACUUCGGUUUGUGCACGGGGUUUCGGUGGACGCAUAAUUCGAAAUAUUAUCAACGAAAUGACCACGGCCGACAGGACUCCAUGGAUCCAGUGGAUGGAGAAUGGGGUGCAAUGGGUGAAUGUCGUUGUCAUCAGCUUAAGCCAUUAGAGAGGCGACGUAAGAGGGAACAUCAGCGAUGUUUAGCGCACUCUUUAGUGGGGACACCAAAUUAUAUAGCACCCGAGGUGCUACAGAGAACCGGGUAUACGCAGCUUUGCGAUUGGUGGUCAGUGGGAGUAAUCCUGUAUGAGAUGUUAGUUGGGUCACCACCCUUUCUAGCUGCUACUCCGGCUGAAACACAACUCAAGGUGAUUAAUUGGGAAAGUACCCUCCAUAUACCGGACGCGGCAAAUCUUUGUCGCGAAAGCAAGGAUUUGAUCCUCAAAUUAUGUUCUGGACAGGAAAAGAGGCUGGGCAAAGAUGCCAUAGAGGUUAAAAACCAUCCCUUUUUAAAGGGAAUCGAUUUCGACAAGGGAUUAAGAAGGCAAGUAGCGCCCUACAUCCCUAGAAUAGACUAUCCCACAGAUACGUCAAACUUUGAUCCGAUUGAUCCAGAAAAGUUGCGGAACUCUGGCAGUUCCGACUCCAAUAAAUCUGACAGUGAACUUUUGGACAAUGGUAAGACCUUCCACGGAUUCUUCGAGUUUACGUUUAGGAGGUUCUUUGAUGAUGGAUAUACGAACAAAAUAAAUCUCGAUGAUAACGAUAAUCAGGGGCCGGUGUAUGUUUAGUGAAAGACUUAUAACUUGAACUCUAAUGCGCGUCUCCAAAUGUUUUUUCCCAUUGAAGGUUUUGUAAUGUUGGAGAUGAAGGUAGUGUCAAAAAAUUCGACGUUCGUAACGUAUUUUGAAGUAAUUUUAAACCCGUAUUGUUAAUAAUCCCGGUGAUAUGUUGUAAUAUUGUAUCGUUAUGUAUUUGUAAGAGUAGUAUUGUAAUAUAUGUAACGGAUGGAUCACAGUAGUACAUAGAGUAACUAUGGUGCUGUUAGCGUUCUAUGGGAUAGACUGAAUGCAAAUCGGGAUAGAUUUUAGCUGUAACACAAGUUGACAAAAUAUUUUUUAAUUGAUAAUUACCAUUCAAAUUUCGUGAAAUUGGCUUAUUUAUGCCUUGCAUAAUCAAAUCGUGCAAAGAUAAAUUUGAAAGAAUAUAAAAAAAAUAUUAAUAUAUUAGUUUGCUUUAGCUAAGUUAUUUUAUAAUUCUUUAAUUGGGCGAAUGUUCAUGACAUAAUACACACUUUGCAAAUAAAUUUACAAUAACGUAAAGUUUUCUAUUAAUAAUUUUCAUAAAUUAUCCCGACGUGUAAACAGUUUAUUCUUUGUAUACUAUUUUUGUAACUAGAGAAAUUAUUUAUGAGAUAAGAACAAGCUUAUGUGAAGAUUGUUUCACUAUAUUUUCUUAUGUAUUUAUCGAAGUAGUUCGCUUGUGUGUUUGUUUAUAUUAUAGUCCAAUUAAUAUAAAUGUUAAAUAAUGUUAAUAUUUCGGAAAAUAUGGAACGAAAUUUAAGCUUAAAAAUUAUACCUGAAAUAUUUAAAAUAAAGAAAACUGAACUCUAAAUACAAAUGUUAUUAAUGAAAAAUACAAUUCUUAAACAAUACUGAACUUCUUAUGGAAAAUAAAAUAUAUAACAUUACAUGUAAUACUUAAAUUCCUAAAGAGCAAAAUGCAUACAUUAUUUCAUAUUUAUAUUUGUUGUGACAAACAAAAACAUAAGGUGUGCCAUUUAGGAAAAUGGCAUCCCAUAUAUUUUUGUUACUUGUAACAUUAACUUAUGAAGUCAUUAAUUUAGCUGUCAAUGUUAGGCAUACAUUUUGUGCUUCCUUUGUCUACAAGACUAGCUCAUACUGUGUGCCUUAUUGGUGUAGUCCAAGAAACGGGAGAUUUAAUGGUAUUAUUAACUUUGUAAAAAUAGCAUACUUUAUGCUCAUUAAUUAUUAGUACUCAUUAAUGUCGUUGAGAGAUUCAAAAUGAGGGUACGUAAAAUAAGCUACCCUCAAAAUAUUUUUACUGACCCACCUUUUUCUAAUAAACAUAUCAAACUAAUAAUAUCGCGUUUCUGGGAUUACAUCUUAUUCAGUGUAAACGUUUUUUACUCUUAGGAUAUUUUCAACGUAGAAGUACUAAAAUGUAGAUCCGUUUUUAACAGGGCACUACGGCGUGCAAUAAAUAUUUAUUAACCCAAAAAUGAAACUCAUUGUUGCUUAAUUUGACGUUGAAAUUGACUUUGUUUUGGAUUUAAUAAUACAAUUUUGUAGAGGGAGAGGGCAAUAGUAUUUAAACCUUUUUUUGUCAAUUUUUGUUUCGUAAUAGAAUUUCAAUCAGGAAGAUUGUCUGCAGAAAAAAAAAAUAAAAAAAAUUACAGGAGUCUGGUUUAGAAAUAUACACAGCAUCAAGUUAUUACAAGUUAUAAUGAUUUUUUUAUGUUAUGACAACAAAGAUUUUAAUAGCUUUAGCAAACAUAACUGGUUAUUAUGAGUAAUAAAUAAGUCGUGACAUUUACUUCAAAAAUGCAAUACAUAAAAGUUUGUUAUAAUUCUACAAUUACUAGCUAUUACAAACACAACAAAUUGGUAGGUUCAAUUAAGAUCAUAAAACAUUUAGAUUUGAGUCAUGAUUUAUUUCUAAGGUUUUCUCCCUCUAUGAUGAAGAUGAAUCUCAAAUAUCGUUUUUCAUAUGACUGAACAAGAUGGAUGUCCUGACUCUAAAUUAAUAUUAUGUCGUAAAAAUGAGUCAAUGUUUUACAACUUUUUUAACUAACAAAUUGUAGUUUCAAAGUAAUUUUAGAAGAGUGACUUGCAGCAAAACUUCAUGGUGUCGAUUUGUACAGAAAACGAGUCAUUUCAACUUUUAAAUUAUAUGUUUGUACAUUGUUUUUAUGAAACAUGCUUAUAAGAAGUAAAUGAAAAUUAAAAUAUGGGAAUUUU